GUCCAGUUACGUGACAAGCUUACCCAAGAAUCGAAUGCUUCCUCCAGCGAACGGAAACCACGGAUCCUUCGCAUGAGAUGCCGGAACAUCAUCCUCGACGGAUGCCUUACAUGCCUCCAAGAGCAGGGCCUGGAUAUCGACGUGGACAUGGCGAAGCUUGCGAUCCUCGUCUAUAGUAAGCGAAACCUCUGCCACGCUAGGGUAGGGGAUCCAGCUCAACCUGCCAAGCUGCGGAAGGCAACCGAACAGGACAAGAACCAGCUCCCCGAGGUCCUGCCAGAGGAACAGUUUCGCAACUACAACACUUGGGAGCGGAUUCUGGCCAUCUACGGAGACUCGCAAGGCUUAAUCUCCCUCAGACCCGGUUCUCGGUCUGACACGGUCUUGCCCGAGCCCGACCUCAGACUCCUACCUGAAGACGCACGUCGCGAUGCGUUCAAGAACAAAGUGAGCGAUGAUCGGAUCGACGCGACCUUUCAGUCAAUAAACGAGAGGAUCCCGGUCACCUUUAGUCCUGCUACCGGCCACACGCGGACGAAGCAUAGCGUGUCGGACCUAAUUGCAGAUGUUGUUUCUUGUAGAACGAAGUCAACAAUGAUCGAAUCAACGGGACAUUCCAGACAAUCAAUGAACGGAUCUUGGCCAUUUUUCAACCUAUGGUCCAUCGUGGUCUUUGGAAACGUGGAGGAUGUCUGUACCUUUCGAGAGAUAUACGAGGAUCUUGCUCACAUGUUCGCCAAGGACCAGGCCAAGGGCCGCAAGGCUCUUCGGGAAACCCAGAGGAUGGCCCACCGUGCGCGGGCUGACCUUGAUAGGGAGACGGGAUGUAGGAAGGAGGGAGUAGGAGGAGACGGGGGAGAGGGGGAAGAGGGAAGGCCAGGAUGA